UCGCUGAGGCCGCCGCCCGGCGCCGCCGCCCCCCCGGACGCCCGCGGGGCCCCGCGCAGCUGGAGUUACCCCCACGGCCAGGACCUGCUCACCGCUGCCAUGUCGCUGCCGGGGAGCAGACGUUCUUCCACCGGAUCCCGAAGUCGCGGGGUUUAUGGACGGAGUGGCUUUGCCGCCUUCUUUAAGUCUUCGGCGCCCUCCGCCCCCGGGCCUGAGACGCAGCCUCUUCUCCCUGCCUCCAGGCGCCCCUCGCCCCCCGGGCGGGACACCUACGGCACCUCCUCGCUGAGCAGCAGCAGCAAUUCGGGCUCCUGCAAGGGCAGCGACAGCAGCCCCACCCCAAGGCGCCCCGCCAAAUACAACCUGUGCAGCGACAACCACGGGAUCAAGCCCCCGACGCCGGAGCAGUACCUCACGCCGCUGCAGCAGAAGGAGGUCUGCAUUAGGCACCUGAAAGCUCGGCUGAAGGACACGCAGGAGCGGCUCCAGGACAGGGACGCCGAGAUCGAGGACCUGAAGACGCAGCUGUCGCGGAUGCAGGAGGACUGGAUCGAGGAGGAGUGUCACCGCGUGGAGGCCCAGCUGGCGCUCAAGGAGGCCCGCAAGGAGAUCAAGCAGCUGAAGCAGGUCAUCGACACGGUGAAGAACAACCUGGUGGAGAAGGACAAGGGGCUCCAGAAGUACUUCGUGGACAUCAACAUCCAGAACAAGAAGCUGGAGACGCUGCUGCACAGCAUGGAGAUGGCGCAGAACGGGGCGCCCAAGGAGGAGGGGGCCGGCGAGUCGGCGGGGGGCUCGCCCGCCCGCUCCCUCACCCGCAGCUCCACCUACACCAAGCUCAGCGACCAAGGCGCCGGCGAGCGCAACGGCGGCGGCUCGCAGACCAUCUCGGCGGACGAGGGGGCCGACAGCGGCUUCGCCAACGCGGACGAGGCGCCGAGCCGCACGGACUGGCCGGAGCCCCGCGCCGAGGGGGCCGCGCCGCGCGAGCCCCCCGCCCGGCUGCCCGCCAGCUCCACCUACGAGAAGCUGCUGGGCUCGCGGCCCGGCGUGGAGGCCGGCGUGCAGGCCAGCUGCCUGCAGGAGCGGGCCAUCCAGACGGACUUCGUGCACUGCCAGCCCGACCUGGACGCCAUCCUGGAGAAGGUGAUGAAGUCCCAGGCUUGCAGCCUGGGCAGCCCCACCUCGGCGUGGGUGUCGGAAAUGGAAGACCUGCCGCCCGGCUCGGAGCCGCCAAACUUCCCCGGGGCCGUGGACCUGGUGGCCCCCGACGCCAGCGCCGCCGCGGCGGUGCCGGCGGGAGCGGGAGCGGGGGCCGAGGCGGGGGCCGGCGAGCAGGACAGCCCGGGGCCGGCGCCCCACAACCCCGCCGUGCAGCAGCCCCGCGGCGGCAGCCCCUCCGUGGCCAUCACGUGCGCCGGGGAGGAGGAGGCGGCGGAGGCGAGCCGCGACGCCGUGCCCGCCAAGAGCUACUGGAGCCGCCACUUCCUCGUGGAUCUGCUGGCGGUGGUGGUGCCGGCGGUGCCCACGGUGGCCUGGCUGUGCCGCUCGCAGCGGAGGCAGGGCCAGCCCAUCUACAACAUCAGCUCGCUGCUGCGGGGCUGCUGCACCGUGGCCCUGCACUCCAUCCGCAAGAUCAGCUGCCGCUCCGUCGGCGUCGGCCACCCGGGCGGCGGGGGCGGCGCCCAGCUCUGACGGCCCCGCGCUGCCCCCUCGCUCGCGCGCCCGCCGCCCCGACCGCCGACUGCACAGCCCCCGGCUGCUCCCGCCGCCUCCGCAGGCCCCGGGGCCGGCAGGGCGAGGGCGGUGGGACGCCGGGACGCCUUGCUGCUGCUUCCAGGGCGUCCUGCAGACCAGAAAGGCCCGUUCCUGGCAGACGGGCGGCGAGGGGACACGGCGCGAAGGCGACGGCGGGCGCGGUGCCUGGCCGUGCUGCCGCCCCUCUCCCGGGGAUGCUGCUGGGGGAGGCCACGGCGAUGCCACCCGCCCAGGGGGGACACGCGGGUCAUUGCACUCGCUUUCGUUUUGGUUGUCCCUGCCUGUCCCGCGGAGGAGAGGAGCGGGGCGACGGGGCCGGCGCGGGCGGCGUUGCCUCGUCCCGGACACGGUUUGCGCAGCCACGGAGCCGAUUCGGGCUGCAGGUCGGAGGAGAGCUGCUGGGAUAAAAGGCUGCUCGACAGGCCGGCAGGAGGGGGGGGGUCCCCCCGCUGUCCCCCCCCGCGGCUCCCAGACCCCGCGGCACCGGCCUUGCCCCGCUCCAGAGGUUCCCACGAGGACGCCAGGGCCCCGACGGCCGGUGCAUAUACCUCACCCGCAGCUCCGCAAGCGUGAGCCACCCCCGGGGGGGGGGGGGGGGGGGGGGGUGUCAGCCGGGAUGAAGCCUUAUGGUCGGGACCUGUCACUCUUUUGCUUUGCACUAUGUUAAUUUAUUUUUUUUUCUGGUAAGGACUGAAAAAUGCCUUUUUUUAAAAGCAAAGACAGCAAAGAUUGCUCAGCAGGGGCCGGCGCCGCGAGCGCUUUGAGGGGGCCCCCC